UCCAUCCUUACCGAUUUCCCCUUCGCCUACAGCUAUCGCUCUGAAGCAGUCCAUUCGGCACCAGUUUCCAGUCUCAACAUAUUUACGCUAAAAUCACUGGGGCCUCGAAUAGCGGCUCGUCUCGCCCAUUGAUUUCAACGGCGUAGGUUCUCUGCAAUGGCUUGCUCACUAUCCGUUGCCUCCACGACUCUGGUGGCUCAUACCCAGUCACCAGUCACAGGCUUUCGGCAAGCUGUUGCGUCGUCAUCUACGCUUCGGUCGUUCCCGUCUACUCGACGUGCUGCUCCCUUGUUGAAGCGUGGUGUUCGUGCAGAGGUCGCCGUUCAAUUGGGUGGCGGGUCUGCUAGCGAGCAUAACAAGGUAGCAGUGGGCGACAAGGUGCGGGUGUCCCAGUCCGUGAAGGUCUUCCAUGUGCCAGGGGUGAAGGAGUUGGAUUUGGAAGGGACAGAGGGGAUUGUGAAGGACGUCCUUGGCGUGUAUAAGGGGACGCCAGUGUCCGCGAACUUGCCGUACAAGGUGGCGUUCGAGACUGAGGUUAAUGGUGCCAAGAAGAAGUUCUUCGUUCAUUUCAAGGAUGACGAGAUUGAGUUGUCGUAAACUAUACUGCUGAGUGUGAUUAUUGCCCCCCCCCCCCCUCCCUUUCCCUCCGCUUGUAAACCUUCUGUCAAUUAUACCGCGCGGUUUUUCUGGUUUGAACAUCAGUCUACCGUCUCCGUGGUUUGCCAUGGGUGGGAAAGGAGGGGAGCCAGCAGAGAAAACAAGAGGCGACGAGAUCGUCUUAGGUUGCGGAGCAUUUCAUGAAAAUACUUAAUUAUACAUAAAAUGUUUUAUUUCCA